AUGGCGGACGUCGAGGUUGUUGCGGCAACAGCUGCAUGUCUGCUUAGUGUAAUGAAUUAUUUAAACGUUGUGAAAAGAAAUAAAAAAAAAAGACGCUAUCGUCAAAGAAGGUGGUGGAUGAAAAAAAAUCAUCUGAAUCGAACGACAAACAGCAUGAAUAGUUUUAUGGAGUUGACUUCCGAAGAUGCUGGCGAGUUUUCUAACUUUUGCAGAAUGUCACCUGCUGAUUUUGAAUUCUUGUUACAUAAAAUUGGACCUAUGAUUCAAAAACAGCAAACCAGACUGCGAAUGCCCAUACCAGCAAAGAUACGUUUGGCAUUAACAUUACGAUAUUUAGCAACAGGGGAUAGUUAUAAAAGUCUCCACUACUUAUUCAAGGUUUCUACACCAGCCAUUUCGUUAAUUAUUCCUGAAGUAUGCAAAGCUAUCAACUAUGUUCUUAAGGACCAAAUUAAGUUACCACAAACACCAGCGGAAUGGUUAUCUAUAGAAGAGGGAUUUAGCAGGAAAUUUCCUCGAUGUGUCGGAGCUAUAGAUGGAAAGCAUAUUAUAAUUAAAUAUCCACCAGACAGUGGCUCACAAUAUUACAACUAUAAGCAUACAUAUAGCAUCAUACUAAUGGCUCUAGUUGACGCUGAAUACCGUUUUAUUUUUGCUGAUAUUGGUGGCCAGGGACGCAUUAGUGAUGGAGGAAUUUUUCAAAACUGUUUACUCUGGCAAAAAAUUGACGCAGGAACUAUUAAUUUGCCACCAGACGCGCCCUUACCUGGAAGAGAAAUUGAUGUACCCUAUGUAUUUCUUGGUGAUGGAGCUUUUGCUUUACAUAAACAUAUAAUGAAACCCUUUCCUAGUAAUCAUAAUUUAAACACAAUGGAACGCACUUUUAAUAACAAAUUUUCAAGUUCUCGUGUCAUUGUAGAAAAUGUCUACGGUAUUUUAACAACUGCAUUUCGAAUAUUUAGAAAACCAAUCGAGAUCGAUAUAGAGAACGUACCAACAGUCACAAUGACCUGUAUUUUAUUACAUAAUUUUUUAAAAAACAGUAGAACCUCUUGUAAUAUUUACGCUCCCCCGGGAACUUUUGAUUCCGUAGUUGACGGAGUAAAUAUUGAUGGCUCUUGGAGACAAAAUCAAACCAACUCAGACAAUUUAGCUAUUAGGCCAAUAGCAAAUGUACCAAUACGCUCAUCUAGAAACAUUAGUGAAAUUCGAAAUGAAUUUGCGUAUUAUUUUAAUAAUUUGAAUACAGAAUAUAACUAAAUAGUAGUAAUAUGUAAGCUGUAAUAACC